GAUCAAUUGGAGAAGAAAAGCGAUUUUGUUUUCUUUGAAAAAUAGACAAAAAAAAAAUAAAUUAUGUGCAAUAUACGCUUCAGCUUUUAAGAAUCCAUUUAAUUCAAUUUCUUGAAAAGUCAUUGGCCUUGGACUUUUGGAGGUUGCUGCAGCAUUCAUAUUGAAAUAUUGUGUAUGCAUGUGAGACCAGUCUUAUUAUUUGCGUUGAGGUAAUUCACUAGUUGUACGUCACAAUUGUGAAGCACAGAAAAAUGAAAAAUUCUGAGAGAAGCAGUGUAAGAAAGUACAACAAAUCUGAACUUCCACGCCUGCGGUGGACACCUGAACUUCAUCAACACUUUGUUGAAGCUAUUCAAAGUCUAGGUGGAUCACACAAGGCAACUCCAAAGCGAAUUUUGCAGCAGAUGCGUGUGAAAGGACUGAGGAUCGCUCACAUCAAAAGCCAUCUUCAGAUGUACAGAAACAUGAAAGGACAUGCCAUUGUUGCACCAGUGGAUCAGUUGCUGGAAGGAAAGGCAAAAGAUUUCAAAAUAUGCUCCAAUAUUUGUCCAACCGAAAGGAAUUUCAAGCGGGAACUUCAUUUGUUAGACUACAAAGAUGGGCUUUCACAAACCAGUCAAGAAACUGAUUAUGAUCUAAACCAGGAACCACAGUCAAGUGCAGUACUCUUGCUUAGUGAUGAUAUGUCAAAUGAAGAAGAAAAUUUUGCUGAUCUAUCAUUGAUCUCCUUUAGCAUGCCUCUAAUUUCCAUGAUGCAAAGUGAGAAUAGCAAAGAGAUAAUGCGUUUUUCGUCAUCGACUGCAGCUGCAGCUGCUAAUCAUUCCGUCGUUGAUUCCAGUUCUUCUACGCCGUCUUUUGCAAACAAUUACAUAAACUUAGAUCUAACAAUCUGAAUAUGUUUAUUAAUUAGUAAUUCUUUUUAUUUACUUACACGUGCGCAACACUAUAAUUACAUGUUAACUUUUUAGGCAAAGACUUAUAAUUAUUAGUUAGCUAAUUA